AUUACAUCUCCCACUCUUUCGCAAGCUCUCCGUUGAUGGUCUCGAUUUGCUUUUUGGGAAAGCUUGAACAUCGAAGCUUGAUGGAGCAGUCUUGAUGGGGUCUGAUCCAAGUCGGUUCAUCAUCUUCAUGGUUUUCUCUUCGUUGUUAUCAUUAAUCGUUUGCGGUGAUGGUGGCGGCUCGCGUAGCUAUGAUCCGAAGGCUUUAGACGCUUUGUUUCGAUAUUACGCGAAUCAGACAUUGAAUGAUCAUCGUCGUACAGGUAUAUUACGCCGAGUUUCACUUCCUUCUAAUUUCUCCGGCAUGGAGGUUUCUGUUAAUAGACUACGUAGCGGGAGUUUAUGGGGCAGAGGAGUCGAUUCUAAAUAUGUUAAAAUCCCACCUAGUGUUAGAACAUUGCCUUACGUGAAAAGAUUAGCUAUAGUCUACGAUAACCUGGGAAAUUGGUCUUCGGAAUAUUAUCAGGUCCCCGGUUAUUCGUUUGUCUCUCCCGUUGUCGGCUUCAAGCUGUACGACAACACUGAUUUAACGACGUUAACGGAUCGAAAUUUGACAUUGAUCGUCACCGGGAAGCCAAUUUCGAUCCGGUUUCCAUAUUUAGAGACGAAGGAGAAAAAUGUUACAGGACUUAAAUGUGUCGGAUUCGGAAAGAACGGGUCUGUCGAGUUUAAGAACAUGACAAAGAGAAAUGUUUGCGUGACCGAAAAGGCAGGGCAUUUUUGCGUCGCGAUACCGACGCCGAAGCCGAAGCCGGAAGAGAAAGGUAGGGUUUGGAAAUGGUGGGUGAUAGGGUUCGCCAUCGGAGUUGUUGGGCUAGCGGUGUUGGUUUCAGUGGGAGUGGUGACGUUGAAAUGGUGGAGAGAGAGGAAGAUCAAAGAUAUGGAGGAGGAAUCCGAUUCAUCAGUGGCAUUGGAUACGUUUUGGGUUAGGGGAGGUCAUAAAAUGCCUUUUGCAUCAAUGAUCAGAACACAGGCGGCAAUUGAGCAUGAUUAUGUUCCCUGA